AUGUCGAAGAGGAAGAUCGAGCACUGGGAUCCCACAAAGAGUGACAGCGAUGACCUAGAUUGGGACGCUGCAUCAUCGCCGAAAGCUCGGUCACAACACCGCUCCAGAAAGUCAAACAAGAACUCGCCUCGCAAACCCCCCAAGCGCCGUAGGGAGGCAUACGGUGAUAGCGAGGACGAUAUCGAGCUCGACAGUAACGAGGCGAGCGAGGAGGAGGCGUCCUUUGCGGAAUCGAGCGACGAAGCGCCUGUCGAGCUCAAUCCUCGCACAGGAAGGGGCGUUCGAUCUGCUGCGAAGAAGCCGAUCAAGUACGAGGAGAGUGAGGAAGAGGACAUCAUACCCUCCGACAGCGACCGCGAUCCACUCCAGCCCACACCAGCUCGCGGCAAGCGCCCAGCACGUGCCGAUCUAUCGAGACCUUCACUCAUUGUCAAGUUGAAACUUCCAAAGGGUAUGGACGGAAGACGCAGCACGCGCACAGGUAGCGGCAGCCGCACGAAGCGCGAGCCUACACCCCAGUCUGGCCUCACGCGGAGGAGCAGUCGCAUAUCACACGACGAGGUCGCUCCACUUGUCGCUCUGACCGACUCCGGUAAGCACGAAGUCGUCACAAGAGCCGCCACCGAAACGCCUGAACCGCCCGUGCGUCGACCAACUCGAGGUGGAAAAGGAUUGAAGAAGCCUCCGAGCGCGAUCAUGGAGGCGUCACAAGAGGACUCGGGUUCACAGGGUUUGGACAUAGUGUCGCAGAUGGAGGAGGCAGCCGCAGCCGCAGGUGACAAGGCCGAAACACAAAUCUCCCGCACUUCUCCUACAUCAGCAGCGAAGGAUGAAGACAUACGGAUGGAGUAUGUAGAUGAUGAGGAAGAGGCGGUUGUACAAGAGUCGCAGCCGGACAUCGACGACGAAGACGAAGGACCUGUCUCGCGAGGGAGUCGACUGCUGCGAACACGCCGAAAAGCAUCGACACCGCCCACCUCGCAACCCGGUGAAAUUGCAGAUGAAGCGGCGGAACUAGAUGAGGACAAUCGACGCAACAAACGACCCAAGAAGCGCCCAUCUCAACGAGCAGACAUCUCCUUCGAGCCAAAUCUGCGAAGCCGUGGGAACAGACCGGACUAUCGCAUUUUGAGGCCUGAGCUGUUGCUUCCAAUUGAAGACGACGAUGCUCCUGCUGGAAACGCUAGUGCGACACCCCAACGUAACAAACGUGGAGGUGGCACGGUCUACCGCAGCUUAUUCUCUACCUUUGGACCUUUUGGCGGUGCUGGUGGUCCUCCGCCUGUGUUUGGAGGUCCGGACGGAGCGGGUGCACUUGGUGGAGCGGAAUCUGACAGCAGCGAUGAUGAUAUGGUUUCUCGGCCACAGCAAGGGAUUGGUGGUGCCGUCGGGAUGACUCCAACGUCGGCUUUCCCCAAGCCCUUUGCUCCUCAAGCACACAAUAACGAUGCCCUGCAAGGUGCUGGAGGAGGACCACCUGGCUUGGGCAAGGUCAAGGAUAAGAAAGCACUCGCCGAUGCCGAUCCUCUUGGUGUUGAUGUCAACGUCAAUUUCGACGGCGUUGGAGGUCUCGAUAACCACAUCAACCAGCUCAAAGAAAUGGUGGCGCUGCCUUUGCUAUACCCGGAGGUCUUCACGCGCUUUCAUGUCACUCCGCCUCGCGGAGUGCUCUUCCACGGACCUCCAGGUACUGGUAAAACUCUCUUGGCCCGGGCUUUGGCAUCGAGUGUGAGCUCUGGUGGGAGGAAGGUCACCUUCUACAUGCGCAAGGGAGCCGACGCUCUCAGCAAAUGGGUUGGUGAGGCCGAGAAGCAAUUACGCUUGUUGUUCGAGGAGGCUCGCAAGAACCAACCAAGUAUCAUCUUCUUCGACGAGAUUGAUGGCUUGGCUCCUGUGCGGUCCAGCAAGCAGGAACAGAUCCACGCAUCGAUUGUGGCCACACUGCUCGCUCUGAUGGACGGCAUGGACGGUCGUGGGCAGGUGAUCGUCAUAGGCGCUACCAACAGACCUGACUCUGUCGAUCCAGCGCUUCGUCGUCCUGGCAGAUUCGAUCGCGAGUUCUACUUUCCUCUUCCGGACCAGGCUGGUCGUCGCAAAAUCCUUGAUAUCCACACGAAAGGAUGGGAUCCGCCUCUUCAGCCUCAAUUCAAGGAUCAACUGGCGGAGAUCACCCGCGGCUACGGUGGUGCUGAUCUUCGCGCACUCUGUACUGAAGCAGCGUUGAACGCCGUGCAAGGGACCUAUCCGCAAAUCUACGCCAGCGACGAGAAGCUCAUCAUCGAUCCAAGCACGAUCAAAGUUUUGGCAAAGGACUUUAUGAUCUCCGUCAACAAGAUGAUCCCGUCCUCGGAGCGAUCUGCAUCCUCGGGAGCCACACCGCUGAAGAAAGAGGUCGAGCCGUUGUUGCGUCAGCCGUUGAUCGAGAUUUCAAACCGCAUCGAUGAAGCCAUCCCUCGCAAGCGAAAGGCGACAGCACUGGAGGAAGCCAUGUACGACGAUCGAAAUGAUGAGUUUGGCUUUCAGAAGGAGACUAUGCAAAGAGACUUUGAGGCAUCUCGCAUCUUCAGGCCGAGACUUUUGAUCACAGGAAAGCAAGGCAUGGGCCAGCAAUACCUCGGAGCUGCGUUGCUCAGCAAAUUUGAAGGCCUGCACGUGCAAAGCUUCGACUUGCCGACUUUGAUGAAGGAUACGACGAGAUCGACCGAAGCCGCCGUUGUACAACUUUUCGAAGAAGUCAAGAGGCACAAACCGAGUGUCAUAUACAUCCCCAGCGUCAACGUCUGGUACGAAACACUGAGCGACGCAACUAAGAGAACCUUUGUCGGCCUCCUUCGCAGCCUGCAUCCCACGGAUCCGGUCCUACUCCUCGGCAUCAUGGAGCAGGAGGCCGAAGAAGACUUUGAUCAGCAGACGUGGGCUGAUAAGCAGGCACUACAUAAACAGAUGGUGCGCGAAUUGUUUGGCUACUCCAACAAGAACCAAUACGAUCUUUUGCGACCUACCCAGGCCGCGAGAGAAGAGUUCUUCAACGCAGUCAUCGACUUCGUUCGCAAGUCGCCCAAGGAGUUUCCAGGUCUUGAAGGCCGCAAGAAGCGCAAGCUCGAGGCCUUGCCAAUCGCACCGCCACCCGAGGCGCCCAAGGGGCCUACCAAAGCUGAACUCAAAGCGCAGAAGAAGAAGGAUCAUCAGACGUUGAAUAUGCUGAAACUCCACAUUCAGCCAGUCAUGGAUCAGAUCAAGAGAAUGUACAAGAAGUUCAGAACGCCAAUCAUCGAUGAGCUUACAAUUGCGUACCUCUACGACGAGCAAGAUCCUCAAACGUUGACGACCGACUUGACCGACGAACAAAAGCAGCAGCAGCAACUUUUCCGGCCGUUUGAAAUCGACAAGGACGAGAAAGGGGUUGGUGGGCUGAGAGAAGCAUCGACCGGCAAUUUCUACUACAACCUCGAGAUCGUAACGAUUGAGAAGCGCCUUUCCAACGGAUACUAUAAGCGGCCCAAGGAUUUCCUCGGCGACAUCAAGCGACUGGCCAAAGAUGCCAAGACGUCUGGGGAUCAAGAUCGCACUCUGAGAGCCAACGAGAUGCUGGCGAAUGUGGAGGUCGACAUGGCCGCGUUGGAAAUUCAGCAAUCUGGUCUCGUUGCGGAAUGCGAGGCUGUAUAUCAGCGAGAGCAAGAACGUCUCACAAAGGCUCAUGAAGCUGAGCGACGUGGCGACGAUGUUGCCGACGUUGUGCCAAAUGUACCGCCUCCCGAUGCAUCCAAGACAACCGAUGAGAAUUCAGGUCCAGUCAUGCUUGGGCAGCAGAUUCCAGGCCGGCAACUGUUCCCUAUCACGCCCAAGCCGAACUCUGACCCUUGGAGCACCACAAAUGGUAGCCACCCAUCGGAGCAGACCAAUGGCUCUACGGUACCAUCCCGACCUCAGGAGGACUCGGAGAUGUUCGACAGUGAAGUCGACAUGCAAGAUCCGAGCCGUAGAGCUGGCAAUGCUCCUCAACCAGGCCAUCCACAAGGUCUCACUCGGCCGUUCUCACAGCGCUCCGCACAUACCCAGCUUGCGCAAGGCUCUCAAUUGGAUCAAUAUCAGAACAGCGCGUCAACUACCAACUCAGCGCAGAAGACCAGCUCCCGCAGCAGUGGUCCUUUCUCGGCCCACUCCAGCACCAACGGCGUGCAUGGCCACGAGCAUCCCGACUUCACAAAGCUCGGCCCUGCUUUGAGUGGCAGUCAGAUACCAGACACUCAAGACCCCUCCGCCGCGUCUCAGUCGCAGCUAUCUCCAUCUUCUCAACACAGCAUGGCUCCCCCUCCGCGGGACGCCCGUGCCGGUAGUCUCAGCGCGAUCCUCAACGCAGAGGACGAUAACCUUACGACUCUGCACGCCGAGCUCGUGCGCCGGUCUUCUGGACUCUCGCUCGAGCAAAUGGAGCAGAUCAAUGCAAGUCUGAUGGAUGUGAUCUGGAAGAUGAGAGGCGAGUACAAUCGCAGUCGUGUGUGUCACGCGGUCAAGGACGCGUUCAACACAACGGUGCAGGAUAUUGAACUUUGUCAGAAGGUCUGGAAACCCUCGCAGGAUUAG